CACUUUUGUAAAUAUUGAUUUUUCAGCGCCCCCACCAGAAAAAAUCAGCGACAGGUGAAGCGCAUAUUUUCCGAUUACAAAAGUACAAAACGAAGGGGGUUAAGAAAAUCAAUUGAAGGAAAUUGCAGCUCAUUGCCCAGUAUCCAGGCGGCAGAAUUAGCAUCCCAGCAUCCACCAUAGGUCUCGCGGAGACAGCCGUCCUGGACAUAAUGGCUGCGAACCUGCAACAGCAGCGCUCCAUCAACCUGCAGCUUCGCCGGGAAGUGGAGAUGGAGCGGAUGCCCGUCUCGGAGGCCUGCUCCCUGAUGAUGAAGUACAUGCUGGAGCACGAGGAAGAGGACUGCCUUCUAAGCGGCUUCACCCAGAAGGUGAAUCCGUUCCGUGAGAAGAGCUCGUGCAGCAUCCUUUAGAUCUGGCAAAGAGUCCGGAUCCGUUCCUAACAGUAUUAUCCUAUAAAGUAUACUCAAAACUACGGCGGAGCAUCUAAACCCAGCCGUAUUAUCGUGUAACCUAUUCGCUGUAUUCGUUGUAAGUGUGCUGACCUCAAUUAUGUCUAUAAACUGACUAUAUAUAUAGUAUACAAUGGAAUCGGGCAAGCGUCGAGAAUUUAUGAACUUGUAAACAAAACGUGUAAACGCCUCCAUAUGUGUGUAUAAAAAUAUCGUGUAUUUUGCUAGUCCUAUAGCUCUUUAUUGGAGAAUUUAGCAAGCACCCUCUCUCUCUGUAUAGAUGUUUCCUAUUGAGAUAUUCCUGAAAUAAAGCUAUGUAACCAGA